AAAAGGCACGAACUGUUUUUUUCCUUUUUUGAAAAAAUCCCCCUUUAGACCAGAUCAGCCGAUUCGACACAGCACUGGUAACGGGAAGUUGUUUCCCGCCACGACAGGAAAGUGUUUGUUCAUUGCUGAUAGAAGAAGAUACCGGACUGACCCGGGAAACUGAAGUUGUUGAAUAUCCACGAGUCACGGAUAAGGAGAAUUAUGUUUUUUUGUGAAUCACACACAUUUGAUUAUGGUGUGACUAGGGUUACUGGCAAACAGAGGUAGCCAUUAAGUGUUUGGAGCACCUGCUGAGCCAGUUGCCCAGGGACUGUGGUUGGAUUUGUGAAUUAUUUGGACAAUUGUUCAGUUGAAAGAGAACUGACAGGAGCUUUAUAACAAUUUUACAAAGCUCCUUCUAAGAUUAAAUUGUUAAACCUGUAGUUCCCAUUAAUGUUUAAUUUUCUAAGUAUUACUGAGUCUUAUUUUUAUGAAUCAAGUCCUUGAAGAAGCCAGGGUACCUGAAUGAAGUAUACACAGUGGGAAACAUCAGAUGCUGCCCCUGUGGUUGGUUGUCUUAAUGUUAUCGUGGCAUAAAUGGAAUGGCAAGUGUUCUUAGGUAUAGAGUUUGUAGUUUGUCAGUAUAUUCAUUACCAGAGCUUUGGAUUCCCGUCAAGUUAGUGGGUUUUUUGUUACUUUUUUUCUCAGCAAAAGAAGUCCAUUUGAAAUUUUUGUAACAAGAAAUAGACCCUCAAUUUACUUAAGAGUAGUGCUUCUUUGAUGACUAUAAAGCAUUUUGCCAUGUUAGAAGACAUUUUUUUGGAAGAAGACAUCUGGGAGUACAAAUCCAAAAGAAAACCGAAACCACUACAUUCAAAUAAUUGCUCCGAGAAUAUCCCAAAAUCUGUUGAAAAAGCAACAGAUGGAAAACACCAGUCAAAACGAAACAGAAAAAAAAGAACUGUAGAAGCUAACGAGAAGGCGAAGGCCCCUGAAAUGUGCCUUGGAGAAACAGCCAGCCAGACUUCUUUAGCUUCUAGUCAGAACUCUGAUGGUGAGGAUGGUGUUCAGCAGUGCCAAGACCAGGAGACCACUCCAGGAAAGCACAGCAGGACUCAGAAAAACAAACACGUGUCUCCAAAGAUCCGGCCAGUGUACGAUGGAUACUGUCCAAACUGCCAGAUGCCUUUCUCCGCCUUGCUGGGUCAGACACCUCGAUGGCAUGUUUUUGAGUGUUUGGAUUCCCCACCAGUCUCUGAAACAGAGUGUCCUGAUGGUCAUCUGUGUACUUCAACGAUUCCUUCUCACUAUAAGAGAUACACUCACCUCCUGCUAGCUCGAAGCAGGGCUAGUAAUAGUCCUUUUAGCAGUCCAUCACGUGGGUCAGGUGGGCGUUUCAGUGAGACUAAUUCAGUCUCUCUGUGUAGCCCGGAGGAAAAAUGGUCUCUGUAUCAGAAACAAACGGACGACGUAAAAAAUGUUUCAUCUGAUCCCUUGUUGGUGACGCAGUGUCUAAGAAAAUCUCAGUCUCCAACUGAAACUGAUAAAAAGAUUUCCUCCUCAGCAAAUAUCCAAACUUCCCAACCAGCCCCGCAAUUUACAGAACUUGUUAAUAACGACAAACUGGUAGGAGUUGGUUUCCCGCUUGCUGAGCAGUUAGACAGCCAGAACAACUCAGAACACAUAAAUUUGCCAUUGCCAGAAAAUGACUUUAGCAACUGUGAAAUCUCCUAUUCUCCACUUCAAAGCGAUGAAGAAACUUGUGAUAUAGAUGAAAACCUGGAUGAUUCUCAACAGCAAGUAUUUUUUAUGGAAAGCUCUGAAGAUGGCAGCUUAGAAGAUGACAGUAGCUCGACUUUGUUGAAAAAACUCCAUGAUCCCUUCCUAAAGGACCAGGAGGACAGCUGCCCCGAAGUGGAUAGCUUCCUAACUCAGGAUAAAUACAAUAAAGAAUUGUAUAAAUGCAAUACUCUGAAUGAUUCGUCUCAACUUACUUUCCAAAACAAGAGUAUUCUUUCACGUGAGAAUCCUGCAUAUACUGAUGACGAUUUUAUGUUGUUUCCACCUGCGUUAGGAGGGGUGUUUACCUCUCCUGGUUAUCAGGCCACCAAAGCAAAACCUGAUGAGUCAGCAUUUCACUCAUCUCAAUCAAGUAAAAAGAAACAGGUCACUGAGCCAUCAGCUGUUUGCAAUCAGAUUUCUCUUCCAUUACUUAAGAGUAAGGUGUCAAAACCUUUUGAAAGCCAGGGAGGAGGGUGUGGUUCUCUCCACCCAACCCAAGGUAAACGUAGAGAAUUAUCAAGUAGGAAUUUCAAUGCUAAGAACAAUACUAACUCAGGAUGUUUCUGCAGGAAGGCAUUUGAUGGUUUGCUAGACAGUAAAGAUACGGCUUUAAAUACAGAGACGUCGCCUAGUACACCUACUGCUGCUAAGUCUUUGAAAGUAUUGCCAUCUGGUCCUAAGCGUGGUGCAACACCCCCUUCUGCAAAGGUAAUGAAGCAAAUGGAUAUAGGUGUGUAUUUUGGACUACCCCCCAAAAGAAAGGAAGAGAAGUCACUGGAGGAAAAUGCAUUAGAAGAGAUGAACUUAAAUGCAGUUGUAAGUCCUAAUGAAAAGAGGUCCCGGCAGUGCAAGAGGAAAGCAGAAAAAUCUUUAGGUGAUUUAGAAUUAGAGGCAAAUAAUUUAAGUGAGAGUCGGCCGUCUGUGGAACUUUCUAGUAAGAAGUCACAACAUCAAAGAAAGAGACUUAAAAAGUCAGAUUCACCACAGGAAUCAGUACAUCAGAAGAGCUCAGAUCACCUUAUUAACAAGACAGAAUCUGGAAAAGUCAAUUUAAGUAAAGACAAAGCCUUCAAAUCAACUCAUGAGAGACUGCAGAGAAAGAGGAUGAAAACCCCGGAAUCAGAUCAUGCAGGAGAAUUAAGAAAAAGGACAUGUCCGUUCUAUAAGAAAAUCCCUGGAACCGGCUUUACAGUCGAUGCCUUUCAGUAUGGACACGUUGAAGGUUGCACAGCCUAUUUCCUCACACAUUUUCAUUCUGACCAUUAUGCUGGAUUGUCUAAAAACUUCACGUUUCCAGUUUAUUGUAGUGAGAUAACUGGCAAUUUGGUGAAGAGCAAACUUCGUGUGCAAGAACAGUAUAUCCAUGCAUUGCCAAUAGAUACUGAAUGUAUAGUGAAUGGUGUCAAAAUUAUUUUGCUAGAUGCCAAUCACUGUCCAGGAGCCGUCAUGAUCCUUUUUCGUCUGCCUAAUGGUCACGUCAUAUUACACACCGGAGACUUCAGAGCAGACCCCACCAUGGAGCGUUCUCUUCUUGCAGACCAUAGAGUCCACACACUGUACUUAGACACAACGUAUUGCAGCCCAGAAUACACCUUUCCUUCUCAGCAAGAGGUUAUCCAGUUUGCCAUCAACACUGCCUUUGAGACUGUAACUCUAAACCCACGUGCUCUUGUUGUCUGUGGCACGUAUUCUAUUGGAAAAGAGAAAGUCUUUCUAGCCAUUGCUGAUGUUUUAGGUUCAAAAGUGGGAAUGUCCAAAGAAAAAUAUAAAACAUUACAGUGCCUCAAUAUACUGGAAAUGAAUUCUCUUAUCACUACAGACAUGUGCAAUUCACUGGUUCACCUUCUCCCAAUGAUGCAAAUUAAUUUCAAGGGUUUGCAGAAUCAUUUGAAGACGUGUGGUGGGAAAUAUAAUCAAAUUUUGGCUUUUCGACCUACAGGAUGGACGCACUCUAAUAAGUUAACUAGUAUAGCAGAUGUUAUUCCCCAGACCAAAGGAAACAUUUCAAUAUAUGGGAUUCCUUAUAGUGAACACAGCAGCUACCUAGAAAUGAAACGUUUUGUGCAGUGGUUGAAGCCACAGAAAAUCAUACCUACCGUGAAUGUUGGUACUUCGAAAUCUAGGAGCACGAUGGAGAAAUAUUUUAAAGAGUGGAAAUUGGAAGCUGGAUAUUGAUGUUACCUUAGAGGACUCAGAAGUAGUUAAGUAACUUAGGCCUAGCUUGUUAGUAGUUAAAUCUUUUUAGUGUUAUGAAAUACGCAUUAUGAAGGUCGCUCAUGUAGCUUAUUUUCUCGUUUACACUUGAAUAACAUGUUCCUGGUGCAGGGCACCCGUCAGCAUCAUCAGUGAUAACCGAGACUGGUCUGCCUAGCGCCCCUGGUUCUUGCCCCUCCCAGUAGGGGCAUUGUAUUCUGCACCCAACCUUAGGAGGGGAAAUGGGCAGGUUCGGGGACCAAAGGAUUCAUGAUAAUGGAUAAACUAGAUUGAAAGUAUUAUAUGUAAGUACUUAUGUAUCUUCAAAAUUAUUUAAUAUAGAGCAUAUUUUUAUGAGAUAAAACUUUUAUAUGAUAUGCAUACUUAAAUAAAAAAAUUAAUCUUAAA